AUGGGUGAUCUCUCAAGGCAAAAACGGAACGCAGCCUGACGUCACAUCCGUUUGAAACUGUCGCGCGAAGGCAUGAAAGUGGCUAGUUGGCUAACACAGCAAUUUUUACGUUUGGGAAAGGAAUUAAAAACAUGUAGUUGCCGACAUCAAGUUAACCCUCAUCGCCGCCACACAUGGAAGUGACAGCGAAAACUCGCCAUUAAAGCUCUUGUCCAGUCUGUACAGGUAGACUGACGUCGUCAUGUCCCAGACCAACACUUCUCUCCUGGACGAGGUGACGCAGUGGAGCCAGGAAACCUGCCGCCAGCAGCUCAAGACUGUCCUGCCCAAACUUACUAUAUCCUCUUCGAUCCUCUCUUGUCUUCUAAAGGGCCAUUACAUUCACACUCAUAUGAAUAAAUGCCGUUUAUUGUCAUUAUACGACUAUAUGUAUGACUGUAUGACGAAUUUAGGAACCAACCAAAUCCUUGAUCUAACCCUAUGAGCGAUUUAGACCAAUUUUUCAAGCGCGGUCCAAACAAGGGAGCUCAAAGACAAUUACAACAGUGACACACGUCAGGACACAACAAAGUUUGAACAUUUGUAACAGCUACAAGGGAUUGUUUGUUUUUAAAGAGCAGUGAACCCAUUCAUGUUUUUUCCCUGUUGAACCUAACCUAAGCUAUUUUCUGGAAAAACUCAGCUGCUAAUGUUGUUUCUGCAAUGUUUAUGAAACUGAAGAUGUCACCAAAGCACUGGCUAAAAUAGUACUUGGUGUCAAGGAAGUCUCUUUUUUUAAUUUUUUUUUUUUUAGUGAUGCAUCUCUAUAUGAUAACUGAAUGUUAUUUAGGGAGCGAGCGGUGCCAGUUUAUUUUAUUGUUAUGGCAUCGUCUUUGAUAUACCUACAAGAAAAAAAAACAAAAACAGAUUUUUGGGCCAUGGCUUUGUGACUUCUUCGAAAGUCCUUUUGAUGUAAGUUGGGAGCAUUUUAAAGUGUCAGUUGCAGUCACUGUGACUUGACAGGAGCAUAUGCACCCGUGCGGCAUCGCACUCGGAAAUCUGCACAGUCGAGCAUGAAAAAUCACGCGCGUAAAAUUUGUUAUGAGUAGAAAUACAUAGAUAUUGAAAGACGUCGCUUAUUACGCACUUGUCACACACUCAGCACACAUGACAACCGAUCCAGUGCCGUAAACCACAGCCUGACAUUUUUUUUUUUUCAACACGGAAGCUUACAGUCUUCUUCUACUUCCUAGUUUACCUGACACCGCCCCCCUCCACUCUUAAAGGGGUACAUUCAUAAUAAGAAACAGAACACACACCCGUAACUUUAUAUCUUUAGGCAUAACUGGUGGACCACACCCGUAACUUUAUGACUGACCACACCUGUACAUUUUUCAAAUGUGAGUGACUGCAGUAGAGCACAGAGCAAAUGAACACUAAGUUCAUCAUUACAGUACACGUUAUGAAGUUCUACUGAUUUUCAUUUAAUGUUGAUGACUUGUGCUUUCUUUUGUGGUUUUAUUUAACUGUGCAUACUCUUUACAUCACAAGUCUGAGGGCUGGGAUGACCAUAUACGUGUACUGAAGAUUAUAACAGACAUGUUCCUCCCUCAUGUUGCUCUUUCAGACCUGGAAAAUGAAUGCUUCUCCAAGAUCUUACCAAAGGCGGUGAUUAUGUUUGACAAUAUGAUGAAAGAACUUUCUCUCCAAGUUGGAGGCUUGUCCAGUCAAAACACAGAACUCUGUUCUUUACUGAGGAACAUUUUGCAGUCACUGAUGCAGAUAAUUGAUGCCAUGUCUGCAUGUGUGCGUCACGUCGGCACUUAUGAUGAGGUUCGGGAUCUUGUGUCUAUCCGCACAUUACCGACGUGCAUCCUGAAGGUGCUGAGAGACACUUUUCAGCACUGUAAGGAGAGUGAGGUGGUCUACUGUGGCCGCCUUUCCCUAGUGGCUGACCUGCUGCAGAGCCUCUUCAAGGAGGCCUACGCCCUCCACAAGGCCCUCUUGGAGCUGCUGGACAAGCUCUCCCUUGAUAGCAGUUGUUCUGAAGAGGAUGUCUCUGACAUUGUCAUAGUAAUUCACAGCCUCCUGGACAUUUGCUCGGUCAUCUCGAACCUGGACAUGGCGCUGAAUGCAAACACGUGGAAGUUCCUCAUCAAACAGAGUCUCAAGUACCAGUCACUGGUGGAGGAGCAUCUGCAUCAUGGCGACAUCAGCUCCAGCUUGUGUGACAACUUGUUGGCUUCUUUCCACAACGUGGUGGAUCUGGCAGAGCAGAUAAAGCUCGCUGGUCUGCAGGAGGGAACACAGACGACAGAGCACAAGCUGUUCCAGAAAACUGCAAAAAUGUGUAGAUUUUUUGCCAACACUUUGGUUCAUUAUGUAAAGGAAUUCAAGGCUUUCUUAACAAGAUCGUGCAGAAGCUUUCAUCAAAUGUACCUCCAGAUUAUCAGUACAUUCCCCCCUAGCCUGUUUGCACCAGCGUUACCACCGUCUCUUUCCGAGGAGCUGUACACAGCGGCCGUUGUUCCCUUGGAUGCACUUCUUUUUCAGUUGUUACCUCUCAGGGCUUUUGCUGAAGUUGUCCUGCAGGAAGACCUGCGGUUAAGUCCGGAGCAUGAGCUUCCUCAGUGUCUUUUGCUGGCCAAUGUGCUGGAUCAGUUGGCCUCCCAUCCUGAGGAGGUGCUGCAGCUUUGGCAAUCUGGCAGUCAGUUUUCAGAGGAAACACCCAGGCUUUCUCUCUAUAGGGCAGUGUUCCGUAGCAUCCGGCAUUGCUAUGCUGAGCGGAAGCUGGCUGUGUUGUUGCCGGGGGUAAUGACUAAAGGACAGGCCCAAGGUCGGGUGUCUCUGUACCAUCACAUGUGUGUGCACCUCUGCGCCAGCGUGGCUGUGCUUCCUCCGCAAUACUUCCCAAUUCUGGAAAUAUGUUUGCUGGAGGCGACGCUGCAAGCUGACACUCAGACUGCACUGUUGGCUGCAGACGUGUGGUGCUUCACUGCACGGUACGGAACAGCAGAACUUUGUCUCCAUCAUGUCCUGCUCAUUGCUCACUUAGUGAAAAACUGCUCAGCUGAGUGCUACCAGACGUACCACCUGGGCCUGCUGCUCAGACGCAUGCUAUUCCUCAUGACGCCCAGCCAUCAGAUGGAUUUACUGGCUCGUUUCCCUCCAUCCGAGGCUGAAAACCUCCCAAUAUGGCGUCACGUCGUCCUCAGAGCUCUUUCGAGCGAUGCCUGUCAACGUGUGGAGGCCGACAUCAUCACCUUAGGUGAAAAAGCUUUGAGUGACUGGCAGUGUGGAGGCUACAAACUGGGCCAAGUGUGCAAAGUGAAUGCGGUAUUACAGUGCCUCCUGGUGGUGGUUCAGGGAAAGUCACCUCUUCAAACCUCGUGUGCGUCAUCUGCAUCAAAGAUAGUCACGCAACUGUGGCAGAGAAUGACACCACAUCAGGUGCGGAUGCAUCAGGUGCUCCACUCUACUCUGCAGCUCCUUUUGUCAGUAACGGCAGUUUUAGUGAAAAACAUGGAAACGCAAGUCAUCGUUCAGGCGCUGGUGUGCGUGGACUCUGUCGUGUCUCAAAAGUGUCCAGAUGAGCUGCUCCUGGCUGCUCUGGACUUCCUUUCGUCACUGGGGAAGGUCUUCAUUCCUCCUGACAGCCAGAGUGAUAUUUUGCCCAGACUGGGCAGCCUGUUUGGAAAAUUGUUAGCAGAAAGUUCCUCUUGGUUGCUCCAUCAGCACGCUUUGGAGGCAUUUGCUCAUUUUGCAGAGGUGACAAACCACGAAGAGGUCAUUUCGUACAGUUUGUGCGUGGAGGAAACCAAAAGCAAGGUGGUGAAUUUUCUGAGCAAGAUAGUCAACGCAGCAGAAGGACUCGAGGAGUCACGGCUAGAAAGAACUCAAGCGGAGAAGACAGUUUUAGAGCAACAUUACCACAGGCUGGAGGCCUCAAAGCCGGCUGCCCUAGAGUUGUCCGCUCAAUUGGUGACGCAUUCAGAGCCGCAAGCCAAACGAGCCCGUCAGGAGAGCGGUGCGGACGAGGAGUAUAGGCGCUACACACAGGAAGCCGAAAACGCACUUCGAGCCCUCCACGCGCUCACCACAACCAAAACCGACACACAGGAGCCAGUGCCUCCCCCUCGUCCUCCUUCGUGGCUGGCGUCCAGACUGCAAGAGCUGCAGGUGCUUCUGAAUGACCUAAGUUCGGCCACAGCCGUCAACAAGCCCACGUGACCUUAUUUUUUACAGGAAAUAUUUCUACUAUUUUGCCUUUUUUUUUUUAUAAUGCAUCAGGCUUGACUGGUAUUAAAUAUUUGAAU